CCUUAUAUUUGAAAGGCUUCGAAGACUCCACAUGUUCCAUUUUAUCUUUACCUUUUUCCCUCCUUUCUCACUCUCUCUCUUCUCUUCUCUCUUCUGUCCUUUCUCUGUCUAAAUCUACGGACGUUUCAUUUUUCUAUCGUUUUUUUUUUCCUCUGCUUUCUUUUUUAUCCUCCUGAAACCUUACCAUAGUCAAGCAUGCAUCAAAAGAAAGCGAUGACGCUCUCCGAUGACUAGGGUUCCUGUUUUUUCAUAUCAAUCCUUACCCUCCCUACAGCGCGGGCUAGAGAAGGAUCGACUUCCCUUGUUUCUCUUUUCGAAUAUAAAAAACAAAAGGACUUUUCUUAGAGGCGAGACAUUGGGCUUUAUCCUUUUGUCUCCUCCUAUAUCUCUCCCUGUCUUUUAAUAUUAACUAUUUUUAUAGGCUUGGAGGUUCGCUGUUGUUGGCCCUCUUGAGUGUAUAUAUUUACGAGGCAGAUUUGGAGGAGAGCCAGUUCACAUUUUGGUUUGAAAAUUUCCGAGCUGGAAGCUAAUCGUGGAACAAAGCACUGCAAUUGCAGCUUACUUGGGAAUCUGUGCGUAAUUUUGUGUUGAAGAAGAAUAAGCAUCGAGCUGGUGGAAGAAGAAUCAAAGAAGCUUUUUCUUGGAUGAGUUUUGUGGGUUUUCCGGAUAAUCCCUCCUACAGCAGCAACGAUUCGUCUAGAAUGCCCUCCGGUGCAAUCUCACAGCCUCGACUUCUCACUUCCACUCCCACUGCUAAAGCCAUGUUCAACUCUCCAGGCCUCUCACUUGCCCUUCAAACGGGUAUAGAUGGGCCAAGGGAUGGAAAUAGGAUGUCUGAGAAUUACGAGAUGAAUGUUAAUGGGAGAAGAAGCAGAGAAGAAGAGCAAGAAAGCAGAUCUGGAAGUGAUAACGUGGAAGUUGCUUCCGGCGAUGAUCAGGAUGCCUCCGAUCACCCUCCCAGGAAAAAGCGCUAUCACCGACACACCCCUCAACAGAUACAAGAACUUGAAUCUUUGUUCAAGGAGUGUCCUCAUCCAGACGAGAAGCAGAGAUUGGAACUGAGCAAGAGGCUUUGUUUGGAGACAAGGCAGGUGAAAUUCUGGUUCCAGAAUAGAAGAACUCAGAUGAAGACCCAAUUGGAACGCCAUGAGAAUACACUGCUCAGGCAAGAGAAUGACAAGCUUAGGGCGGAGAACAUGUCCAUCAGGGACGCCAUGAGGAACCCCAUUUGCUCAAACUGUGGGGGUCCAGCUAUAAUAGGAGAAAUUUCACUCGAGGAACAUCACCUUCGGGUUGAAAACGCCCGGUUAAAGGAUGAAUUAGACCGGGUAUGUGCCCUCGCCGGCAAGUUCCUCGGCCGCCCAGUUUCGUCAUAUCCCAACUCAAUGGCCCCUCCGUUGGCAAACUCAAGUUUGGAGCUAGGAGUUGGAAGCAAUGGCUUUGGUGGUAUAAGCACUGUGCCUGCAACACUGCCCAUGGGGCCUGACCUGGGCAUUGGUAUUUCUAGCCCUUUAGCCAUGGGAGCUCCUCCUCAUCCUCCUCCAGGGAGGCCGGCCAGCGCCGGGCUGACCGGGCUCGAUAGAUCAAUAGAGAGGUCUAUGUUUCUCGAGCUUGCUUUGGCUGCCAUGGAUGAAUUGGUGAAGAUGGCUCAGACUGAUGAGCCUCUAUGGAUCAGGAGUUUGGAAGGUGGGAGAGAAAUCCUCAGCCUCGACGAGUACUCAAGGACUUUCACUCCUUGCAUUGGCUUAAAACCUAAUGGCUUCGCGUCUGAAGCCUCGAGGGAGACUGGAAUGGUCAUCAUAAACAGCUUGGCCCUUGUUGAAACUUUAAUGGACUCGAAUCGUUGGGCAGAAAUGUUUCCUUGCAUGAUUGCAAGAACUUCCACCACUGAAGUGAUAUCUAGUGGAAUAAAUGGAACCAGAAACGGUGCUCUCCAACUAAUGCAUGCGGAGCUGCAAGUUCUAUCGCCAUUGGUACCGGUUCGGGAGGUGAAUUUCCUGCGGUUCUGCAAGCAGCACGCGGAUGGAGUGUGGGCUGUUGUGGACGUAUCCAUCGAUGGUGUCCGGGAAACUUCUGGUGCACCACCUUUUGUGAGCUGUAGGAGGCUUCCUUCUGGCUGUGUAGUUCAAGACAUGCCUAAUGGUUACUCCAAGGUGACAUGGGUGGAGCAUGCAGAGUACGAUGAAAGCCAGGUUCACCAGCUGUAUAGACCCUUGUUAAGUUCAGGCUUGGGUUUUGGCGCGCAACGCUGGAUCGCCACCCUCCAUCGUCAAUGCGAAUGCCUCGCCGUUUUGAUGUCCUCAUCAGUUCCUUCGCGAGACCAUUCUGCCAUUACUGCCGGCGGGCGACGGAGCAUGCUGAAGCUGGCCCAGCGCAUGACUACCAACUUUUGCGCCGGCGUCUGUGCCUCGACGGUGCACAAGUGGAACAAGCUCAACGCCGGCAACGUUGGCGAGGAUGUCCGGGUCAUGACCCGCAAGAGUGUCGACGACCCGGGGGAACCGCCGGGGAUAGUGCUGAGUGCUGCCACGUCGGUGUGGCUGCCGGUGUCGCCGCAGCGACUGUUCGAUUUCCUCCGCGACGAACGGCUCCGGAGCGAGUGGGACAUACUGUCGAAUGGUGGGCCCAUGCAGGAGAUGGCCCACAUUGCCAAGGGCGGCCAGGACCACGGCAACUGCGUCUCCCUCCUUCGAGCCAGUGCUAUGAAUUCGAGCCAGAGCAGCAUGCUAAUAUUGCAGGAGACCUGCAUCGACGCGGCUGGGGCGCUGGUGGUGUACGCGCCGGUGGAUAUUCCGGCGAUGCACCUGGUCAUGAACGGCGGCGAUUCAGCUUACGUGGCACUACUUCCCUCAGGGUUUGUGAUCGUGCCGGACGGCUCAGGGUCUCGAGGGUCCCAAACGUCGGUCAGCAACGGCGGCAGGGAAAGGGGGUCGCUCCUGACGGUGGCGUUCCAGAUAUUGGUGAAUAGCCUGCCGACGGCGAAGCUGACGGUAGAGUCGGUGGAGACGGUGAACAACCUCAUCUCUUGUACGGUGCAGAAGAUAAAGGCAGCGCUUCCAUGCGAAAGCUGAGUCACGUGAAACGUAAACUGCAAGUUUUUUCCUCUCAAAAUAUAAAUUUUUAAUUUAGUGGCAGAGAAAAGGCGUGGGAUGGUGUUGGAAAGAUGAAUAGAGGCGCGUGGGAAAGACACGAGGAGGGGAAGGGUGUUGAGUCAAGAACGAACCGCGCGGGAAGGGGCUGACGCAGUGUGAGGGCGAGGCAAGGAUGGUGGUUCGGGUGUUGACUCGGAAAGAUCCAAUGUAUGCUCCACUUUCCCAAUCAAAAUGUUUAAAAUAAAAUUGAAAAUGGAGAUUAUGUUAUGAUUUUGGUUUGAUGGUUGCACUGACUUCGUUUCACGGUCAGGGAAGAGGGCUUCUUGUCUCUGUUGUGGAUGUAACGCAGGGGUAGAUUCUGUUGUAAAUAUUUUUUGACAAUAAAAAGAAAAGAGUUUUGACCA